AUGACGGAGAAAGGCCGCAGCUCGCCCUGUGGAGCAGACGACCUCAGAAACAUGCUGGAGAGAAGCGGGGCCAAAGCCCACAGGACGAUGAGCUACAGAGGAGGCAGCAGUGAACACAUGAAAUACAGGACUUCGGCAGAUCCCAGUUCAGCCCUCCAGAGGAGUCGCAGCAGCUUCCAGCUGGAAGAAUCCAGGGACCGCGACGGCAGCAAAGACUUCCCCCGAACUCAGGACAUCCAGGAGAUACUGGGCUCCAUGCAGGACACGUCCUACAACAGGUCUUACAGGGACUCUUUGAAAGACGUUCAGUCGAAGGUCCUGCGCUCCACCUCCUUCAGACGGAGAGACCUCAGCUCCUCAAUCAGCCCUCCACCUCCUGCAGCUCCUCCUCCCGUCUCCUCCUCCAGCAGCCACCAGCCUCCACCCGUCCCUGUCAAGCAACACUCUCUGGAGAAAAAAGGCCCAAAAACCAUGCCCAAACCGCAGGGCAUCAUCAUCACGCCACCACCGCCACCGCCGGUCACUCUUCACACCCCGAAGGAGCGGCUUGUUGUCAGUCCGGAGACUCGAGGCCCGAGCCCGCCUGCGCUCCCCAGCGUCCCGCCGGUUGGACAUCCUGCUAUGAUGCGGAUCUGUGGGCGCAAGCGUCUGACUGCGGACCAGAAGAAAAGAUCGUACUCAGAACCAGAGAACCUGAACGAGGUCGGGGUUUCGGAUGCAGAGACCGCUGCCCUCUUCAGGCGUGGAGGAGAGACCAGCGUGGCAGACCGACGUAAGAUGUUUGAGCUCGUGGCGAGUCGAGUCGGCGGCGGGUCUCUGCAAAACGCCACGUCGAGGCCCGAGUUACGGCAGCUUCAGCAUGAUGCUCUGGCUGAGUACGUGGAGCGGAAGAGAGGCGUGCAAAGAGAAAAGGGAGGACAGAGGGGCGGAGCGAGGCCCCGCAGCGCUUAUAUACAGCCCGAAAACAGCAGCUACACAGCCUCCUCCUGUCACUCGGACACCCUCAGCCUCUCCUCCACCUCCAGCCUGCUCUCCCUGCAGGACUCCGGUGCCGAGCGAAGCUUCUCCUCCGCAGAGAGGCGCCUCUGCUCCACGCUCCCUCCUGGAGCCGACGCCUGGAGCCACCAGUCCAACCUCUUCUACCCGGGCAGGGUGACCACGCCGAGGGCUCCGGUGCAGCCUCCUCUGAGUGCUCCCUCUGGCUCCCUUCCUGAGCCUCAGAUCCACCAGGAUUUGGCCCCUGAAGCAGGGCUCGGCAGACAGAGUCGGUCCUCCAGCAGAGACCAGCAGCUGUCCGCAGAGCCUCAGUUCAGCCUGGGACUGUCCAAGCAGCUCAACGGGGCUCUGCAGAGGGCCGGGUCAGCCAAGGGCUCCGGGAAGUCGGCCUCUGCUGAGGAUCUCCUGGAGAGAUCCGAGGAGAUUCAGAUGGCUCCUCAACACCACCGCUCCCGCUCCUCCCCCACGGUGGAGAGACUGAACCAG